AUGGGAGUAUAAAUUUCGAGAUUAUGUAAAUAUUUUAGGGGAAAUGAUUCAAAAGUUUAUUAAUAACAGAAUUCAGGAUCAAUUUCAUAACAUAGAUCAAAAAUAUUUGUAUUGGAUAACUCUGAUGGAUAUGAUAUUGAACCAAAAUAACAUUUUCAUCAUGCUGAGUCAAUAGUAAAAAUAGAAUGGAAGAAAGGAGAAUUGAUAGGAUAAGGAUCUUUUGGUAGAGUUUAUAAAUGUAUGGAUAUAAAGACAGGAAGAAUAUUAGCUGUAAAACAAAUCGAAUUAGGUUAUGUGGAUAAGGAAAGUUUAGAGUCGUUUCAUUAAGAAAUUAAAAUACUUAGUCGAUUGAAGCAUAAAAACAUAGUAAAAUAUUAUGGAUGUGACGAAGAUAAAAAUCAUUUGAGCAUUUUAUUAGAAUACGUAGGAGGUACCAGUGUGCAUUAUCAAAUCAGGUGGCUCGAUUACCUAUAUGAUGAAGAAAUUUAAGUACAAUCUUAAAGAGCCAGUGAUUCAAAAAUAUGUAUCAGAUAUACUACAUGGACUUGUUUAUUUACAUGGCGAGGGAAUUAUCCAUAGAGACAUCAAGGGAGCAAAUAUCAUAGUUGAUACAAAAGGAGUCUGUAAACUAGCAGAUUUUGGAUGUAGUAUAAUAGGGUCUAAUGCUUAUUCAUUAAAGGGUACUCCGAAUUGGAUGGCACCAGAGGUAAUCAAUUCCUAAGAGACAGGCAGAUAUUCAGAUAUUUGGAGUCUAGGAUGCACCAUUAUAGAAAUGUUAACAGGUGAACCUCCUUGGGGAAGAUUUCAAUCUCCUAUGCAAGCUUUAUUAACUAUUUCAUCUAAAUAAUGUUCACCACCCACUCCAAUUAAUAUAUCCUCAAAUCUAAAAGACUUUCUAGAUAAAUGUCUAUAAUUUGAUCAUAAAAAACGAUGGUAAGCCUAGAAGUUAUUAAAUCAUCCAUUCAUCACAACUAUUACAAAAAAAAUAGCUAAAUCUGAAUAGUUUUCAUUUCAAUAAAAACCCACUUAAGAACAUUAUAAUUUUGAUUUACAUGUUGCCCCCUAAUCAGGAGAUAUUAAAAGAGAUGAAGAAUAUUUGGGUAAAGAUUCUAAUCAUAUGAUCUUUUCUAAAUAGUCUUCAGAAAUUAGCGAUGAUAAACAUUUAUAGUAUUGA